AUGUUCGAGCGACGCGCGGCAGACCGGUACCAUCUACGGAUGCAUCGCGCCCGAACAGUGGCCCUGACGGACGAGGAGAUGGUGGAGGUGCGGGCGGCGCAGCGGACGUUCGAGGGCGCGUACGUGCGGACGGCUCUAUCGCAGUUUUCGUUUGCCCUGGUGGUGCUCAAGAUCUUUACGGCGGAAUUCUACAGCAUCGGCGCCCUCUUUGCCAUCUACGGCACGGGGGUCCUCAUGAUCGGCCUCUUCCGGCGGCAGCAGGGGAACCGCCAGUUCUUCUCGGAGAUCGGGGAGGAUGGCAUCCAUCGACACAGAUUCCGGACCAGCGGAAACGCGGUGGUUGUGCUGACGGCUCUGAGCAUCGCGGCUUAUGCUUGUCUCAUCGGGCUCACUUUGAAACUGGCCGACUGA